AACCUAACUAAACUACUUACACUCUAAUGGCAUCUACUACAUCUUUUGCCUUUGCAACUCUAUUCAUUGCCUAUUUGUUGGCUACACCGACUUUCUUCAGGGAAGUCGCUGCAGCGGGUGAGUGCGGUAGAAUACCCAUUCGAUCUGCCGCACUUAGCUUGAGCCCGUGUUUAGGUGCCGGUGGGAAUGCUAGGGCUAAGGUACCACCUAUGUGUUGUACGAAAGUAAAUGUUUUAAUCAAGACUGCUCCGAAAUGUCUUUGCGCAGUCUUGCUCUCACCAUUGGCUCGAAAGGCUGGUAUAAAGCCUGCAAUCGCAAUAAGCAUCCCUAAGCGAUGCAACAACAAAAAUAGACCAGUCGGAAAGAAGUGUGGGAGAUAUAUUGUACCAUGAAGACAGACAUAAUGAAAGUUACGAUGGCAUAUAUAAGUCCAUGCUACAAAUAAAUUGUUUACGGUUGGAUAAGAGUUGCUUUUUGUCAUUGAGUAACCUCGGUGUUCCUUGAUGGAAGCGAACGUGAAUUUAGUUUCCCAAUACUUGUAGCUUUUUCAUAUGUUGGACUCUUCGACAUAACUUGAAUAAAAUCUUCGUGUUCUCUUCGAUUGCA